AUGAAUCUCGUAUCUCGUAUUAUUCCCGGUGCAUUAAAUAAUGCAAAUAAAGAUGCUAUUGAUUGGAAUUAUAAUGGGCUUCUUGCGUAUGGAUGUCAAUCAACUGUUGUUGUACUUGAUACACAAUCAUUCCGAGUUCUUCAAUGUAUGGAAAAAUAUCAUGAUCCAAUUAUUAAAGUUAAAUGGUGUCCAGAUCAAUUUUAUCAUAAUAUAGAUGAUCCUUAUAGUUUAAAAUUAGCUAGUGCAGAUUCAACUGGAAAUAUUUUAAUUUGGGAUGUUUAUAAAUCUUCUGUACAAGCUGAAUUUCGUGAUGGAAAUAAAUUAAUAUCUGAUAUGAUAUGGUAUUUAUCUGAUAAUAAUCCACAACUAUUACUUGUAAUUCAUUCACCUAAUAUUGUUACAUUAUGGAAUACACAAACAGGCACAAAAAUUUGGCGUAUUGUUUAUGAUCAUGAACGACAACGAGAUACAGAAUCAUUUUUACAAAUUAUUCAAGAUCCAUUUAAUCAUCAACGAGCAAUUUUACUUGGUCAAACAAGUUUAACAUUUAUUGAAGAUUUUUCACCAAUAAAUUCUCCAAGUGGUCAAAAUCGAAGAUUUUAUAUAUCAAAUUCAAAUAAUAAUACUACUAAUACAAAUAAUAAUAAACAACAAAGUCCAAUAGCUAGUAAUAAUCAUCGAACACCAUCAAUUAGUUCAAUAUCGUCAACAAGUAGUCAAUUAACAACACGUCUUAAAACAAUUAUUGAAGGAAGUGAACAUUCAAAGCAAGAUGAUCAAUCAUCAUCAACUGUUGUUAGUUUAAAUGAUUGUAUACAAAUUUUAUUUCAUCCAAUACAUCGUCAUUUAAUAUUAAUUGUUUAUUCACGUGAAAUAUUAAUAUUUGAUUUACAAAUUUUACAAACUGUUGGAAAUAUUUUAUGUGAAAAAACUUCAGCAGCAUUUUAUAAAAUUUAUGGUUGCCAUCUACGUGAUACAUUUAUAUGUUUUCAUGAAAGUGGAACAAUAAGUAUACGAACUAGACAUUUAGAAAAUAGUACUAUAACAGCACUUCAAUCUUCUAAAACUUUAUUAAAUGAAUUUGUUAUUGACUUAACUUAUGAUCUUAUUUAUUAUUCUGAUCCAUUUCGUUUAGUAAAAAAUACACGUAUUUGUUCAUUUUCUGUAUCACCGAAAGAUGAAACAUCUAUAUGUGUUAUUCUUACCGAUGGAAAAGUUUUAUUUUGGAAUAUUGAUCAGAAAAAUUUUUCAAUAUUAUCAAAUAGUGAAACAAAUAAUGAAGGAAAUAUUGGUAAUCGUAUUCCAUUAGGUGGAGUUAUGUUUUCUGCUCCACCUGGUCCAUAUGUAUUAAAUAUGUGUCCACCAAUGACUGUUAAAAAUUGGAAAGAAUGGCAAGCAUUAUUAGCUAUUGGUUGUACAAAUGGAGAUAUUGUUUUCUUUGAUCUUACUGAUGGAAUUAUUCAACGACAAUUAGCUGUUCAUUCCUGUACUGUUCGUGGAGUACUUUGGUUAUCUUCUCAAAUAAUUCUUUCUUGGGGAUAUCAAACACCUAGUGAUGGUCGUUCAACAGUUCGUAAUGAAAUAUUUAUGAUUCAUUUUCAAACAGGACGACAAGAACCAUUUCGAUCUGAAAUAACACAUGAAGAAUCACCAAUUGAAAGUUUAAAAGUUUCUCAGUCAAAAAAUUAUUUAAUUAUUCUUUUUCGUGAUCAACCAUUUGAAUUAUGGGAUCUUAAAUCAUUUACAUUAAUUCGACGAUUACCAAAAAAAUGUCCUAGAAUUUUAGCAUUGGAUUGGUCAUCAAAUAUUUUAGUUAUGAAAAAAACAUCCGGAGAAACUAAUACAUUACCUUCUACCAAAUCACAUAGUAAUACUGAAUCUGAACAUGAUGUUAAUCGACCUUCAAAUGAAUCUGAAAAUACUUCGAACGAUCAUGAAAAAAAAUUAUCACGUGAAAAUUUUAUAUUUACUGAUGAAUAUAAUUUAUUGUAUCACUUUUACGUCGAAGGACGAACAAUUAAAGAAGUUGCAACUGUUCCACCAGAUCAUUCAUCAUCAGCUGCAACUGAUUUAGUAUUAAAAGGUGAUUAUCUUCUUUCUGGUGAUAUUGAUGGUAUCAUACAAAUAUAUAAUAUAAAACUUAAACAGAGCAAAACAUUUAAUACAAGACGAAGUCCUAUUCGUAAAGUUCGUUUUGCACCUGGUAAAGGCAAUUUUCGUGCAUUCAUUCUAUUUAAUGAUGGUGUUGAUAUAUGGGAUAUACGAGAUAGAGAUCGCAUCAGUACAUUAAAAUAUCCACGUGAUACAAUUCAAGUUACGGAUGGUGAUUGGGCAAGUUCGGAUAAAAUUAUUUUAGCAUGUUCUGAUCAUUGUUUAAGAAUAUAUGAAAUGAAUUUAAUUGAUUCAUCAAGUUCACUUGAAUUUCAGAAAAUUAUACAAUCAACACUUUAUCCAUAUUUAAUAACAGCACGUCAUGCUAAUUUAUUAAAACAUUUAUUAUGUAUCAUAAAUGGAUCCCUGGAUGAGUUAAUAAAAAAAUGUGAAGAUACAAAUUUAAGUGGAAUACUCGAAAAAGAACUAUCAACAGUUGAUGCUGAAUCGAAAAAUUUUUUAACAAAUACAAAAUUAACAAUUGAUCGAUGUUUAUUUAUUGCUAGAUUAUUUAAUGAUUCAUGGGAACAAUAUUUUUGGCGUUUAACUGAAUAUUAUCUAUAUGAAUACGGUACAAUAGAUGAAAAUUCUAAUCGUCAACUAUCACUCUUAUCAUCUUAUGAUUUACUACUUGAUUCAAAAACAUUUGAACAAAUUCAAUUAGAACGCACGAUACGUCGUGAUAUUAAAUCUCUCGCAUCAUCAUCAUCAAUAAAUCAUUGUAUUGAUUCCUAUAUUGUACUUAAACAAAUUGAUCGUGCUGUACAACUUUUACUUGAUACAGAUCCAAAUGAUGAUACAUAUGCAUUAAAUUGUAUAAAAGCGUGUCUUAUAUCUUCAAUGCAGAAACAAUCAAAUGAAACAUCAAAAAAUACCGUCACAAAAUUAGUUGCAACUAAUUUAAUUGCUAACGGAAAAGUUGAUGAAGGUGUACAAUUAUUAUGUACAAUUGAUUUAUGUGCUGAAGCAUGUCGAUAUUUACAAGAUCAUAAUCAAUGGGAACGUUCAAUAUGGUUAGCUAAAUUACGACUUAAAUCAAAUUCACAAGAAUAUACUGAUGUUAUUAAACGAUGGUCUGAACAUAUUCGGAAUUAUUCUCAGACAUCAAAAAUGAAUUCAGCUUUAAUAUUAAUCUCAUGUGGACAAUUUCGUCGUGCUAUUGAAGUUUUACAUAAUCAAGGUGCAACUGAAUUAGCAAUACGUUUAUUUGUAUGUUGUAAACAAUUCGGUAUUGAUGAUGGUACAAUAGGAGAAAAACUCUUUGAUGAUUAUAUGGAUUUAAUGGGAUCAUUUGGUUUUACGUCGAUUGCAAAUGAUUAUCGAACAACAGUAGUUGUAUAA